AUGAAGCGUUUUUAUUUGAUCACUGGGAGCGGCUGUGAUAGCGGUCGCGGUCUCUUCAUUCUGUACGUUCCGGAAGCCAACAAUUUGCAACACAAGUUGCUGAACCUGACACAACAACUGAGCGUGCAAUCGACCAUUAGUCGGCGGGUUACACAGGCACAUAUCCCGAUGAAAUGUUCAUCACCCCAAAUGAACUCCCUGUCCGAGAUGAUACCCAACACAGAUUACUGGUUCCAGUCCGAGCCAGUUCGAAAGGCCGCCCUGUUUAGUCCGUCCACCACGGCGAAGACUGGUUCGGUAAUUGGACCACGACUGGGUAGUAGUCCAACUCUGCACUUGCAGUCUAGCCCGAUCCGGGGACAAUCAGUGCCACUGUUGUACGAAUCCGACCAACGAUCUCAAAGCUCUUCACGUCUUUCGUUUGAGGAGAGAGUAUUUGAAGGACGGCGCUACAUGAAUCGUUCCAGUCAGACAUUAUGUUCCCUGGAUAGACCGCCGGUUCCGUCCUCUCAUCCCAGUACCCCAAAGGCUAAUGAUGCUUCUGUUCCGAACUCGCCAGUGUAUUUGGCUCGACCAGUUGUGGUCGACGCUGAGGUGAACGCAUCAGAAUUUGAGGCAGAUGUCGAUUCUAGCGAAACUAAACAACAACCGUUGUACGCAAAUGUUGAACAGUUUGCCGGUGUAUCCGACACAGACGAGAACAAAAACGUCUCUUCUCAUACUACAGUGCAGAGACCAUGGGAAAAGGGGUUCACUGCUCUUCGACCUGCCCAUGUUCUUGAAGAUCAAGACAGUGACAGUUCGGAAGAGUUGGAACCACGGCGUUGGAGAAUCACAUCCGUAUUUGAACCCAUUGACGAAAAAGAUGAGCACAUGCUCGCAAGCUCAUCAGGGUCUUUGAUGGACAGUGAAAUUCCUGAGCCAUCAUCAAAGAGGACUGAAGAUACGGAGAAAACGGAACAACAACCCGCGUCCAUCGAGGAGAGCAAUCAUUUGGUGACCUCAUCUACUCCAGGCGAUGAUGUUCCAUUUGAUGAGGCGGAAUUCGAUUCGUUAGAACAGGCCCCGAAACCGGCUCUUCCCGUUCGGACGGUAAAUCAACGCCAUUAUCGUCGUCCUGUGGUGGCCAAUUUUCGCAAAUGUGUUACUCGUUCCGCAACAUGGGAUGGUUGGUUGUUAGGAGAUGGAAAAACAGUUGGCGGAAGGCCACAUCCAGCUGCGGAUGUUUCAAUCCAAACAGAAGCGGAGGAUGAUAGUGCUGAGGACGGAUCUGAUAUCGUCAUUGUUCGAACGGUUCUAUAA